AUGAUCUUUUGGAUAGGCUACUUCGAUCGCGGUAUAGAGAUGGACAUACCCUCCCCCUGGGAGAGAUUGCGCACGUUUCCAAGUCCUCUGAUUUGCGAUUACAAGCUAACGUUUUUCUCUAGAAACCAUUCCUACAUCUUCAUGUAUUACACCUUUCCUCCCUGUAUAUUUUCUAAAGCUAAUCUUUCUAGUCUUGCCGCCCCAGACACCGUUUCGGUUGCUCUUCGCGCAAUCUUGAUCAACCUCGUCCGCAACAGAAACAUCCACAACGAAGUCAUGGCCGAAUUGACCGGUUUAAAGCUCUCCAACCCAGCAACCUGGAAGGAACUCGCCGGCGCACCGCUCCUCCACGCAAUUGUCAAAGAGACCAUCCGUCUUCACCCUCCCGCAGGUUUCAACCUCCCUCGUGCAGUCCCUGCCGGUGGUCGUACCCUUUGUGGGUACUACCUUCCUGAGGGAACGACUGUCGGAAUGAGCGCUUGGUGUGUCCACGCAAAUGAGGAUUUCUGGGGUAAGGAUACUUUGGAAUUCAAGCCGGAGCGCUGGUUGGACCCUGAGCGUGCAUUCAAACUCGACCAAUACGGACUCAGCUUCGGCCAGGGUGCUAGAGCGUGCUUGGGGAAGAACAUUGCGCUGGUUCAACUUGUUAAGGUUUAUCUUUCUUUGUUGCAUUCGAGGAGCCCUCCUCUCUUUCCGGCAGAGUAA